ACCACGCAGAAGUUGUGCUGUGCUGUUGUCGGGCAAGCGCGUUUCGUGAUGUCAAUAUGCUCAUGUAUUUGUGUUUAUGUUUCCUAAAAGAAAACAUGGAUCUUUUUAAAUGAAGAAGUACUCUUUAUGUACGCGUGUGCGUCUCUCAGUUAUAAUUCUGUUAAGUUAGCAAAGUGCGAACGCCGGAAGGCUUCUUAUAACACCCUUACGACCAUUGUUAUGAUGCAGUCAAGGGAUGAAGUUUUUUAAUGGGAUAUGCUACUAAUCUGAUUGUUGUUGCUGGCGCUACUGUCGCAGUGCAAGUGGAGGGGAAGUCAGCUGGCACCGGCGUCGCGACGAAGCUUUGCCAGUCGACGUCAAGCGUCUCUUUGGAUAGCGUCGCAUCGCGUCACAAUUUUUUAUAUCAAAAACUACAAAUGUGUUGUGUUGAUCUCGAUAGUGCUUUCGAUCUGUGAUGAGAACUACCCUGUAGUUUUUUAACAAAGCAAUUCGUGUUUUUUGAGUGUUUUGUGAUUUUUUGACAUGUUUUGGUGGUAGCGCUGUUUAAUUAUGAAAAGCCUUUUUCUUUUAGCCGCGUGCGCGUUCUCCGCGUGUCUUGCGGCUUGGCAGGAAAAUGUAAGGCCCAAGAUGUAUGUCCAAUUAGGAGCGGAAGACGACGUGCACCACUUCGUGGGGAACGAUACUCGCACCGACUACUUCCGGUUGAUGUUGCGAGAUGGAGACUCACUGCUCGUGGGAGGAAGGAAUUUAGUAUAUAAUCUCAGUCUGUCGGAUCUGAACCAACAGCAGAAGCUGACGUGGUAUUCCAACGAACACGAUGCCAAGAUGUGUGUAAUGAAAGGGAAAGACGAGGAAAACUGCCAAAACUAUAUCAGAAUCAUGGCGAAAACUGCAGCGGGUCGCUUAUUGCUAUGCGGAACCAACGCCUUCAAGCCUGUUUGCAGAGAAUAUAAUAUUCUUAAUGGAAAUUACACGAUGGAAAAAGAAAAACCAGGACAAGCUGUUUGUCCCUAUGAUCCCCACCAUAACUCCACAGCCAUUUACGUCGAUGGCGAUUUGUACACGGGCACGGUGGCCGAUUUCAGCGGAAUGGACCCUAUUAUCUAUAGGGAGCCGCUACAGACGGAACAAUACGAUUCAAUGAGCCUUAACGCUCCUGACUUUGUCAGCUCCAUGACCCAGAAAGACUUCGUUUAUUUCUUCUUUCGAGAGACAGCAGUCGAAUAUAUCAACUGUGGCAAGGCGGUUUAUUCUCGCGUAGCGAGAGUUUGCAAGAAUGACAGAGGCGGACCGCAUCGUUUCAGAAACCGCUGGACUUCGUUUCUCAAAUCCAGACUAAACUGCUCCGUCACUGGGGAGUUUCCCUUCUACUUCAACGAGAUACAAUCAACGACUGAAUUGAUAGAGGGCCAAUACGGCGAUGUUUACGCCCAAUUGAUCUACGGCACGUUCACGACACCGCCGAACAGCAUCUCGGGCAGUGCCGUGUGCGCCUUCAGUCUGCAGGACAUCACCGAUACGUUCGAAGGCAACUUCAAGGAACAGUCGGCCAUAAAUUCCAAUUGGCUGCCUGUGCAAAGCUCGAAAGUGCCUGAUCCGAGACCUGGACAAUGUCACAACGACAGCAGAACGUUGCCCGAUCUCACCCUCAAUUUCAUCAAAACACAUUCGCUGAUGGACGAAAGCGUGCCGUCGUUCUUCGGACAGCCGAUCGUUAUCAGAACGAUUUUCCAUUAUCGCUUCACCCAAAUCGCCGUCGAUCCACAAGUUAAAGUGCCCGGAGGGAAAACUUACGACGUACUUUUUAUUGGAACUGAUAAUGGUAAAAUUAUCAAAGCUGUGAACGGUCUGUCGGCGGAAACCCGCUACGGCGUCCGGCCCGUCGUGGUCGAAGAAAUCCAAGUGUUCCCAGUCCAUGUGCCUGUACGAGGAAUCAAAGUGGUGCGAAAUUCCAAGAAUGAAGGCCGCCUAGUCGUCAUAUCAGACGGCGAGGUGCAAUCUCUCCGUCUACACCGAUGCGACAGCAAUAAAAUAUCGAGUUGCAGCGAAUGUGUCGCACUACAAGAUCCCUACUGUGCCUGGGACAAGGUGCAGGGGAAAUGCAGGUCACACGGGUCGGGCCGGUGGGGCGACGAAAGCUACUUUUUUCAAAGCGUCGCCACAGGGCAGCACACCGCCUGUCCCCCGCCCAAGCUGGGCAAAGACGCUGGCUCGGUGGGCGGUCUGAGCUCCAGCCAACCCAAAUUUAACCAAGACCACCAGCCCAGCAAGGACCAACCUGAUGGGCAAGUGAUCAACAUUGUCCAAGAUAAGACAUACGAAAGCAGUGAUCCAGCGGUGUCGGCCGCGGAUACGCUCCCCGCGCAGUACUCUGUGGAAACCCUCAUCAUGGCGGUGGUGGCGGGCGCCGUGUCGGCCCUAGUGGUCGGUUUCAUCGCCGGUUAUCUCUGCGGAAGGAAGUGUCAUAAGGACGAAGAUGAUAACCUUCCGUAUCCUGACACCGAAUACGAGUAUUUCGAGCAGCGGCAAAACAUGAACAGUUCUUUGCCGCUUUUCAGGAUACAAGCGGAGCCCAAGCUGCUGCCGCAGGAGGAGGUAACGUACGCCGAACCAGUCCUGGUGCCGCAGCCUCCACCAAAGCUACAUUCGCCAAAGAAUACACUUAGAAAGGGCCCUCAUCAAAAUAAUUCAGAGACCCUCUUCCAAUUUCAGACUGAUGCUGGCUAUAAUGGCCGGGAUAAUUACCGAGGUCGUGACAAUUUCGGCACCCUACGCUCACAUCAGUGGGGUAUACCGGGUGAUCCACGAUAGAAGUAUUUGGGACAUGGAGUUAUGAGUGCAGGGUGAUAAUUAUAGGAGAGGUGAUGGCUUUGCAACCACUCGCAGCGUAAAGAAGGUAUACCUCUGAGAAAACAGUGAGGAGGGCGGAGUGGGUGCACGAAGUUUGGGACGGCCGCGCCCACCACGUUCGGGGCACAGUGUAUUGCCGACGAGCAGUGGAUCCUCCAGUUCCCCUUCGCCGCCCUCCUCAUCGCCAUCACCGACACCUCCCCGCACUGCCUCUUACAUAUACAGGGCUUAAGUAGCCCGUUUCGUACAAGCCAAGCGCAUACCACCCACAUCCACGAAACCAAAAAAAAUCCUUUUUCUAAGAAACUUGAUGUCUAAAUUUUAUAGAGAGAAAUCAAUAAGUGAUUAUACGUAAAUUGUUCUCUUGUUUCAGAGUUAAUAUAUGAAAAAACCUUUGUUAUUGUUUGUUCCGGGAUGGAAUAGACAUUUUUAUAUACAAAGUAAAAUAAUAAAUAAAAAAUCGCGAAUGUGGGUGGCAUCGCCGAUGAGAAAUUGAUGGAUCUGAGACUCUAUAAUGUUAGGAUACAGUAAAGAUAGCGACAUAGUUUACACUAAAUGUGCGAAAAGGAUAAAAGUCAAAAGUAGAGGGUGCGCUAGUGUAGACCUAGGCAGUGUCUUAGACAGAUAGACUCGUUUAAGUAUUUUCAUGAUUAAUAAAGUGCUUCUUAUGAAUGUGUUAGGUAAGAAUGUCCGUAAUGAUAGAUUGUUAUGAUUUAGCAACAUUGUGAUUAGAUUGUAUAUUCUUUAGCUAUAAUGUUGUUCCAUCUGUAUCUUUGUUAUUGUAUACUCCAUAUUUUAUUAUGAAAAGCCACCCACUUUGUUACCUACGUGCAAAUUUUUCGAACGCUCAUUUCGUAGCCACCGUGAGUAAAUAAGUUACAAAGUGGGCAAAAAUUUUAUUUUCGUUCGAAUGAUUUCUUUUCGAAAUUAAGCUAUUUUAUACAUAAUAAAUUAACGCAUCUAGUAAUGUACAUAAGACUGAAAUAUAUAAUACUCCGUGUCCAAGAUUAGACAGUAAAGCUACUUUUUUUCGGUUUUGUGCGCGUUAUCACAGUACAAACUUCCUAAUAAGCUUAGCAAGCUCGUGAAUAGCGACUAAUUAAUUCGUAAUUAUUUUUUUAGUAAAAUAUUAUUUCUCAGCGAUAAAAACAAAAUAGUAGUCAUUGUUAUUAUUUUUGUUAUUUAAUUCUUUUAAUCUCAAUUUAGGUAUAUUUAUUUUUAUUGUUG